AUGGCGGAUCUCCUCGGCGCUCCUCCUGAAGUUCUGGAGGGAAAACGCGUACACAGUCACCACACGCACGCCGAGCAGGUGGCACACCUCAAUCACCUGUAUAUAAUGAUGCGGAAAGUUGCAUUUGCUCACCUCAAAAAGCUUAGUCAGCCCGUCAUGGUGACCCUGCUCUAUAUUCAUCCCGAGCUGGCGGGCGUAGCGGCGGUUACCGUCCAUGAUGAAAGCAGCAUGGUCGACUGA